UAAUAAAUACGUGAUCGAAGAUAUAUUGCCAGCAAUUAGAUUUGCUAACAUUAUUUAAGGAAAGAAAAAGUACAAAAUAUUUCCAUUGCCAGAGUAAAGUUGUUGCUCUCCUUCGCUGAACACCUGCAACUAGCUACGUGAGCUAAGUACAGUAACGUUACAGUCAGCUACAGUAGCUACCUUGGAUGCAAACUUUGCAUUUAGCUAGCAAGCUUCGCCAAAAUGCCAUCUCGUGUUGACGAUUAUAAGGUGUUGUAUACCAUAGGAUCAGGGUCUUAUGGCAAAUGUCAGAAAAUACGGAGGAAAUCUGAUGGGAAGAUUCUAGUUUGGAAGGCGCUGGACUACGGCACAAUGGCUGAGAGCGAGAAGCAAAUGCUGGUGUCUGAGGUCAACCUCCUCCGUGAACUGACGCAUCCAAACAUUGUGAGAUAUUAUGACCGCAUCAUAGAUCGGACCAACACUACACUGUACAUCGUUAUGGAGCACUGCAAAGGCGGCGACCUCUCCAGCCUCAUCACCAGAUGCAUCAAAGAAAGGCGUUACUUGGAGGAGGAAUUCAUCAUGCGAGUCAUGGCACAGCUCACUCUUGCACUGAAGGAGUGCCAUCGCCGGAGCGACGGUGGGGCCACAGUGCUGCACAGAGAUCUCAAGCCCGCCAAUAUCUUCCUGGAUGUCAAGCAAAAUGUCAAGCUCGGUGACUUUGGUCUCGCAAGAAUCCUGAACCAUGACACCAGUUUCGCUAAGACUUUCGUCGGAACCCCUUACUACAUGUCGCCUGAACAAAUUAAUCGCAUGUCCUACAACGAGAAAUCGGAUAUCUGGUCCCUGGGAUGCUUGUUGUAUGAACUCUGUGCCUUAUCACCUCCUUUCACAGCUUAUAACCAAAAAGAGCUGGCAGAGAAGAUCCGAGAGGGGAAGUUCAGGAGGAUCCCCUACCGAUACUCAGAGGAGCUGAACACACUGCUGUCCAGAAUGCUCCAUUUAAAGGACUACCUGAGGCCCUCGGUGGAGUCCAUUCUCCAGAGCAGCCUGUUGGUGGACGUGGUCACCGAUGAGCAGAGGAGGAUGCAGGCGCGCAACUGGAGGAGUUCGGCUAAUACAGAGAACCCAAAGCCAGCCGGGUCUUUAACCUCCCCGACCGCUGCGGCGCUGAGGCUCAAGGAGCAAUUGCUGCGGGAGAGGGAGAAGGCCCUAAAGGAGUGCGAGGAGAGGCUGGAGCAGCGGGAGCAGGAGCUUUGUGUUCACGAGAGACUAUCGAAUGAGAAACUUGCCAGAGCGGAGAGUUUGUUGAAGAGCUGCAACCUGGUAAAACAGCAGAAGACCCUGCCACCACUCUAUUCCAAUGAUGUGGGAGAGGAGAAUGUCCCCCCUGAAAAGGUCAGUUUUGCCAGAGACAGCAAAGAAAACCAGAGGCCUGAUCAGAAGCAGAGUGAGAAGAGCCAGGAGCUGGGGCUGAAGAGGAGGCUGCAGGCAGCCAACCUGCAGACCCAGGCCCUGGAGGAGGUGGAGAGGAACUACCAGCUCAAGAGCAGACAGAUCCUAGGCAUCCGCUAGCACCAGGAGAGCCUGCUGUUUAGGGCCUGAUUAUCAGUGUCAUGUGAAUGGAUGUCUGAGCUACGUCCCAGAAGCUACUGGUCUCUGCUCAGUCUUUCUGACUAAUAGAGAGUUUGAGCUACUGAAAGCUAGUGGUCACACCCUUUAGGGAAAAUGUGUAGCUUUAAUUUAUUUGUAUCAUAGUGUGAGUGAUUGUACUGUGAUGAAAUGGCUAAAUAUUGGAUACCAAAUAUAUGUUUUUUAGUGGUGAGAAUGUUUUUUUUCCACCUUGACAUUUCAAAUGUGUCGAUGUUAGACUGAAUUGCACUGAAGUUAUGAUGCUUUGUACAUACGGUGGCAUUAAAAAUAUAUUGCAAGGGCUGUGUUGGUACAGUAUCCAGAGAUGUAUAAAUGGGUGUCCACUCCCACAUACACAGCUGGAAAUAUGUAAAUGUUUUGCAAAUAUGAGUUUAGGAAUUGGGAAGGGUUGGCAAACGUUGAGACCUUUGUUUUCUGUUAAAAAUAGACACUGGUGACCCAACAAAUGUCUGUUUCAGUGGAAUUGUUAUCUGAUUGACAUUUGUCUUUUAUUGUUCCUUUGCCCUUGGCUUGUCUCCUAUUCAUCUCAAAUUGGCAUUUUGAUUAGGGCUACAUGAUGGUCAGCUCUUGCUACACUUUUCUAAAUGUUUCAUUUUAUGUUCUCAGCAGUUUGCAAAGAAAUGUGACCAUGUAAAUGAUUUGGGAAUAUAACAUGUAAGGGUGAGUGCCCUCUUGUAGAGGAAGCUAUGUAAUCAGAGAUUGAUUAUUGUUGUAGAAUGUACAUUCUCUUUAUUUCUAAAUGAAAGAUGUACGUUA